GCUACCACCAUGGCUCCCCGCGACAAUGAUUUUAUGGAUGCAGGCUCAGACUCUGAUAUAUCUUUAAGCGAUGGUGCCUACACCGUUUCCAAAGGGAAGGGGAAAGGAAAAGCAACGGACAAACGAAAACGAGAUGACAAAGGAAAAGGGAAAGCAAAGGAUGUCCAAGCAUACACCUGGGAAGCAUCUUAUACGCGCUCAUGGGAUACUGUCCGAGAAGAUGAAGCCGGGAGCCUGCAAAGUGCCGUCGAAGAUUGGAUGACGAGGGGUCGACGGAGGAGACUACAGGCGCCUGCUGCAGCAAUACGACGGUCUAUUAUCCGACAUCUUGUUCUCUUACUGGACCUCUCUACCUCUAUGCUCGACAGGGACAUGCGACCAACGCGGUUUACCUUGACCCUUCAGUAUGCUCGGGAAUUCAUCUUGGAGUGGUUUGACCAGAAUCCGUUGGGGCAGAUAGGUAUCGUGGGUAUGCGUUCAGGCAUAGGAGAACGGAUAUGUGAAAUGUCUGGAAAUCCCCAGGAAGUUCUCAAGACUAUAUCGGAUAGACAUAAACUCUUACCGGCGGGAGAACCAAGCUUGCAAAAUGCAAUUGAAAUGGCACGGAAUAGCAUGAACCAUCUACCUACGCAUUCCUCGCGCGAAAUCCUCAUCAUAUUUGGUUCUUUGACUACCUGUGAUCCUGGAAACAUCCAUGACACGUUAGACUCCUGCGUAAGAUACAAAAUAAGAAUUUCUGUCGUUGCACUCGCUGCAGAGAUGAAGAUAUGCAGAGACCUUUGUGACAAAACAGGCGGUCAGUUUGGUGUUGCGAUGAACGAGGGACACUUCAAAGACCUUUUAUUCGAACUUGUGCCUCCUCCAGCACAACAAGCUUCUACUCAUGCAGGCUCGACUAAUCCCGCUGGGGAUUUGAUGAUGAUGGGAUUCCCGACACGUCUCCCGGAUGCGUCACCACCAAGCCUGUGUGUAUGCCACUCAGAUCUCAAGAGCGAAGGUUACAUCUGUCCUCGGUGUCUGGCCAAAGUCUGCGACGUGCCGACUGACUGCGAUAUUUGUGGAUUGAUGAUUGUGAGUUCUCCGCAUCUAGCUCGGAGUUAUCACCACCUGUUCCCUGUGAAGCCGUUUGAUGCUGUAAAAUCAUUGCAAGAAGGAGGUCCAUCACCGACAUGCCACGCAUGUGCACGAGCUUUUCCGACGACAGCACUCUCUUCUACUGCAGAAGGCGUGAGCGCGGUAGGUAGGUAUCGAUGUCCGGAAUGUCGAAACGAGUUUUGCUCUGAGUGCGAUGUUUUUCUGCACGACGUCGUACAUUGUUGCCCUGGAUGUGGAAAAUGACAUUUUCAAAUUUUGGGGGUGGCCCUGGGUCGCGCGUUACCUGUGUAACAUUUUUAGGUCAUUUCCCAUGUCCAAUUUUUGGGCGUUUUGGUGGCAGCCGAUAUCUUUAAGUUUUCUUCUCAAGCAAUGAACACGUUGGCGCUUUUUCGAAGAACUUCGAAUGUUGAAGGUUUGUUGAUAACAUAAAAAUGUGGCGCAGAGUCUGGGCAGACAGUGG